AUGUGGGGAUGCAAUCCAAGGUGUUCCUGCAAGUAUAGAGGUAAAGCAACAAACAUCAGCAGAGUUAAAUUUGCAAUCUACAAGGACAACUACAAGAUGUUGAACACUGCAUUUCCUCAACUUUACUGGCUAGCCAAGUGGACAUACUUAAUGCAAAAGAGUGAAAAGUGUGUGCAUGACAUCAAAGUGAGCAUGGUGAAGUGGCUUAAACCUGCAGAUCAGUGGCUCAAAGUGAACACUAAUGGUAGUGCACUCGCGAACCCUGGUAGGCUGGGGGCUGGGGGAAUCCUGAGAGAAAAACAAGGCAAAGUGGUGACGGCUUUCGCAACACCACUUGGGGAAGGAACAAACAACAAAGCGGAAAUAGAGGCAGCCAUCUUUCGUUUAACUUGGGCACUUAAGCUUGGAUACAGGAACAUAAUUUUGGAACUUGAUUUUCAACUAGUAGUGCAAUGGGUCCUAAAGAAGGCAGUCCCUCAAUGGAGUAUCAUCACUCAACUUGGAAGGCUGCAACAUCUUAUCAAUCAACUUCAAUGGUUUAAAGAUGGUGACACCAACUCCAAGUAUUUCCAUUCCAUUAUAAGGGGAAGGAGGAGGAAACUAUUCAUUCACAAAAUCGUCACAGAAAAUGGGGAUUGGAUUCAGGGUGAGAACAAUAUUGCUCAGGAGGCUUGUGAGCAUUUCAAUAACAUUUUCACAGGUGAAGACAAGCAUAUUAGUGAACACAAUCUGGAAUGCAUUCCCAGAAUGGUCAAUCAGGAUCAAAACACUCAGCUUACAAAAGUACCAGACUUGGAUGAGCUUAAAGAGGUAGUAUUUUCUAUGAAUCCUAACUCUGCAGCUGGUCCGGAUGGUAUGAAUGGGUAUUUCUUUCAAAAAUGUUGGAACAUUAUCAAGAAUGAUUUAAUAGAAGUCCUUCAUGCUUUUUUCAGUGGCCAAAUGAUUCCUAAGUACUUCUCUCAUUCUUGUAUUGUAUUGCUCCCUAAGGUGAAUAAUCCAAACAAACUUACGGAAUUUAGGCCGAUAAGUCUGAGUAACUUCACUAGUAAGAUCAUAUCUAAACUGGUAAGUAACAGACUUAGCCCUAUCCUUCCGUUAUUGAUUUCUACUAAUCAGUCUGGUUUUGUGAAAGGAAGAAGUAUUUCGGAAAAUAUCAUGCUCGCUCAGGAGAUCAUUCAUCAAAUCAAGAAACCCAACAUUGGAAGUAAUGUAAUUAUUAAAUUAGACAUGGCAAAAGCUUAUGACAGGGUCUCUUGGUCAUAUAUUUGCUUAGUUCUAAGGAAGAUGGGCUUUGAUGAGGUGUUCAUUGAUAUGAUCUGGAGAAUCAUGGACAACAAUUGGUACUCUAUUAUUGUCAAUGGCAAAAGGUAUGGUUUCUUCCGCUCUACUAGAGGUCUCAAACAAGGUGAUCCUCUCUCCCCGGCCUUAUUUAUUUUAGGUGCCGAGGUAUUAUCGAGAUCACUCAAUAGGCUUCACAACCACCCGGAUUAUCAAGGUUUCAUCAUGGAAAAGAGGGGGCCCCAAGUGAAUCACCUAAGUUUUGCGGAUGACAUUAUUCUUUUUACUUCCGGAAGAUGCAAAACCUUGAAACUCCUUAUGAAUACUUUAAAGGAGUAUGAAAAGAUUUCGGGGCAACUUAUCAACGGAGAUAAAAGCCAUUUCAUGCUACACUCUAGUGCUUUCAAUAGCACUAGGGGUAGAAUUAAGAGGCUGACAGGUUUUAAACAGAAGCAGGGCCCUAUCACUUACCUAGUCUGCCCUUUAUUUGUUGGCAGGCCUAGGAAUGUUUACUUUUCUGAUCUUAUUAACAAAGUCGUUUCCAGAAUUACAGGUUGGCAAACAAAGCAACUUAGUUAUGGGGGAAAGGCUAUACUCUCCAAACAUGUUCUUCAGGCAUUGCCUAUACAUCUCUUAUCAGCAGUAACCCCUCCAGCUACUAUCAUCAGACAAAUUCAAAUGCUCAUUGCAGAUUUCUUCUGGGGGUGGAAGAACGAUAGGAAAAAAUACCAUUGGUCCUCUUGGAAAAAUCUGAGCUACCCUUAUGAGGAAGGGGGGAUAGGGAUGAGAAAUUUACAAGAUGUUUGUAAAACCGUCCAAUUCAAGCAAUGGUGGAUAUUAAGAACUAAACAAACCUUGUGGGGAGAUUUCUUGAGAGCUAAGUAUUGUCAAAGAUCAAAUCCGGUGAGCAAAAAAUGGGAUACUGGAGAGUCUUUAACUUGGAAACAUAUGUUAGAGACUAGACAGCAGGUGGAGCAGCACAUUCACUGGAAACUCCAAGCCGGGAAUUGUUCAUUUUGGUGGGAUAACUGGCUUGGCACUGGACCUCUAGCUCAACAUACAACCAGCAGCAACAGGUUUAAUAACAGUACUGUGGCAGACUUCUGGGAAAAUGGAGAAUGGAGGUGGAGCAAAUUGGUGAAGCAUGCACCAGUAACCCACCUUCCCAACAUCCUGGCUACCAGAAUUCCUCACAAUCAACACAGGCCGGACCAAGCAGUUUGGAAACUAAAUAUUCAUGGCAGCUUCAGUUGCUCAUCUGCGUGGGAGGAAAUCAGGAACAAAAAGGCUAAGAACAAUUUUAAUUCCUUAAUAUGGCAUAAAUCCAUUCCUUUUAAGACUUCAUUUCUUUUAUGGAGAACAUUAAAGGGUAAACUUCCUACAAAUGAAAAGUUAUCUAACUUUGGCAUUGAGCCAUCACCUUGUUUUUGUUGUUUUGAUAGAGCAGGCAUGAACACCAUUGAGCACAUCUUCAAUUUGGGACCUUUUGCAGCUAAGGUGUGGAAGUUUUUUGCAGCAACUGCAGGGCUGCAAGCUGACCACUCCACACUGCCCACAUUGAUCAAACAGUGGUGGACAGCCAAGCCAAGCAAUGCAGGCCACCAACUGUUGAUGCAAGCAACACCAAUAUUUAUUUGCUGGAAUUUAUGGAAGAACAGGUGCGCAGGCAAAUACGGAGGCAAAGCAACCAACAUCAGCCGCGUCAAGUAUGCAAUCUACAAAGACACCUUCAAGAUGCUGAAAAAUACUUUCCCACAUAUCAAGUGGCCUGCUAGUUGGACAGCCUUGAUCCAAACGACUGAAAGGUGUUUCCAUAACAUUAAAGUGUGCAUGGUAACUUGGUUCAAACCUCCAGAUCAAUGGAUCAAGAUUAAUACAGAUGGCAGUGCACUCACCAAUGAGGGAAAGAUUGGGGCUGGGGGUAUCAUCAGAGAUAAAGAAGGCAAGAUGGUGAUGGCAUUCUCAACACCACUUGGAGAAGGAUCGAACAACAAGGCUGAGAUUGAGGCUGCUCUCUUUGGACUGACUUGGGCUUUUGAACUAGGAUUCAAGAACAUUUUACUUGAGUUAGACUCUCAAUUGGUGGUUCAUUGGAUUUCAAACAAAACAGCCCCACAUUGGAGUUUUACCAAUCAGCUUGAAAGACUCCAACAUAUCGUCAUGCAAACUCAGAAUUUCAGAUGUUCCCAUAUUUUUAGAGAAGCAAAUUGGGUAGCAGAUGCACUUUCAAAGCACAGCCACAACUCAACAGCUCCCCAAGUUUACUUCAACAGCAAUCAACUCCCUAAAGAAGCACAAGCCUACUAUCAAAUGGACUUAAUGAACAUGCCAAGCUUUAGAAGAAAGAAGACCAAGAUGAUUUUUGAGCCUCCUUGA